AUCCGACAUUCUGGAAUUCKGAAUUCUCUAUACUCACGGCGAAGCUUGACCAGACAGCUAGCUUGUUGAAACUCACAUUUCAAYUCUCUUUAGAUUUGUUUUAUAUCUUAUAUCCACCGGUUGUUGAUAAUUAAAAGGUGAAUUGUUAUAAAAUACGAUCUACUACGUGAUCCCAGGUCGGCGUAAGGGAAGUGCUGUUGUCUCCCGUUGCCAUGUCUCAACUGCCGUUGCAGUGAACCACAGACUGUAUCACCUGGAAGGAUCUAACUAACCACCAUGCCAAGUCUGUUCUUCUGCAUUCUGCUCCUGGGCCUGAGGGUCACAGAGAGCCAGGCCAGUGGACUCGCWCCUCCACAGCAAGUGAGGCUGGAUGCAGACAAGGAAACACAAAAGCUGUCGGUCACAUGGGAGGACAGCCACGCCUCUACCUUUGACUUGGAGAUUCUACGCACUGAACUCAUGGAGAUUGUGUUGAAUGAGACAGUGGGUGUAACAGAAGACCAGAGCACAGGGAAGCACCAAUGGAACUGGACCUCUCCAGUACCCCUGGAGUGUACCUCUCUGUCGGUCAAAGUGCGCUCCAGAGACGGCCAAGAUGUCAGCGAAUGGAGUUCUCAACAGAUACUUCCAGGUUGGUCUCUCUCUGCACACGGGGGGGCUUGCAACACUCCCUCUAUGUUGUUUUUCCUAGAGGAGGGUAAGAUUCACGCCAUCAGAUGGGAAUGA